CUUUCUUCAAAUGUCAGUGAAACGAUCUUAACCUUGAGCCACUAUGAACCUGUACAGCUUACCCAAUGAUUCCUCACCAGACAAUGAAACUUUAGCUAUGCUUGAGAAUAACCUCAUCUGGAUUGCCUUACCUGUUGUAUAUUCACUGGUGGUUUCAAUUAGUGUUCCGGGCAAUAUUAUUUCACUAUGGAUUUUAAUAUUUCACACUAAACCAAUAACAUCCUUAAUCAUUCUCAUGAUCAAUCUGAGCAUCACAGACCUUGCCCUUGCCAUAGUUCUUCCUUUCCAAAUAAACUACCAUUAUAAUGGGAAUAAUUGGAUUUUUGGUAAAGAUCUCUGUAAUGUGGUGACCAUCAUGUUUUAUGUGAACAUGUACUGCACAAUACUGACAAUCAUGUUGAUCAGCGUGGAACGUUACUUGGGUGUUGUCCAUCCAAUGAAGUCAAGUGUGUGGAGGAGAAAAAGAUAUGCUGUUGGGGCGAUUAUUUCCAUUUGGAUUGUGUUGAUGGCUGCAUUCUAUCCAAUGGAAUCUACCGACUUAACCUAUGAAGUCAAACAUCUAAACAAAACAACAUGUUUUGAUGUUCUCAAGUGGACCAUGCUACCCAACAUAAUUUCCUGGGCAGCCUUCAUUAUUGUACUUUUUUUUAUUUUAUUCCUAGUUCCCUCUAUAGUAACUAUUGUUUGUUAUGUUCACAUCAUUCGCAAGCUGAUUCAGACAUCCAACAGACAUGGAACUGGGCAAGAGAGGAGAUCAAUCAACCUUGCCAUAUUUGUGCUCAUAAUAUUUAUCACCUGUUUUGCUCCCAACAAUUUCAUUCUUCUUAUACAUACAAUUUUUCGCCUGUUUUUUGACAAAAGCUACUACCAUGCUUACAAACUCUCACUUACGCUUAGCUGCUUAAGCAGCUGCGUGGACCCUUUCCUUUAUUAUUUUGCUUGUAAAGACUUUCGGAAGAAAGCUUUAGAACUGUGGCAUCAGAGAUUCAGGAGAACUAAAAGCUACGAGACCAGACGUGGUAGCAUGUUCUCUGCACUUACAUUUUCCAGCGGGCAGGCUGAGGCCUUAGAAAAUGGAAACAAUUACAAACAUGAAUGUAACAAUCGUGAAAGUGAUAUGUAGGCAAUAUUUUUUUCACAGGACUUCCACAGAAAAAAAUGGGAUUUCAGUAUAUCAGCAU